AUGAAGAAUCCAAAAGUUGGUAAGGCUUUUCAUGCAAUGAGGUCCUUAGGAAUAUCACCAGAGACAGUGAAACCUGUACUUAAGCAACUAUUAAAGUUGUAUGACAAGAACUGGGAAUUUAUUGAAGCAGAAAACUAUCGUGCUCUUGUAGAUGCUAUAUUUGAGUACGAAGAAAAAAAGGAAGACAAGAGAGUUGAAGUGAAGCAGGAGCCAGUGGAUUGUAAUGGGUCUGAGUCUGCAAGUAAAAAGUUGCAUGAGGAUCCAGAUGAGGAUGAAGCAUCAUCAACAUUUGAUAGUGAUGAGAUGUUGGUAGAUUAUAAAGAAGGAAACAUUCUUCCGACAUCUUCCUCAAGUAAAGGACCGGACACUUCAAUUUUUUCAUGUGUAGAGAACAAACAAGUUGAAUUUGGUUCCUGCUCUGCUAAGCACAAAGGAAAAGGCCAGCUUUCAUCGUUCAAGGUCCCUACUUCUGAGAAAAUUGCGUCUGAAAGAGCCGUAAGUUUAUCAUGCUCUAAAUUUCCCAUAGAUGGAGCUGCCUCUCUUCCUGUGGAAUUAGAAGAGGUUUCUGCAAAGUGUCUGAUACCUGUUAGCGGAAGUACCUCAACGAUUCAUUCAGUGCUUCCUGAUUUAAUGGAGGGUUCUUCAACGGGAAACAUAUCUGCAAAGUUAUCCAGUUGUUUGGAUCAUGACAAUACUAAAGAAAGUGCUACUGCUUGUAAUUUUCAGAGAAUUGAACACAAAUUUGACAUUGUUUCAUUGCCCUCGGGAGAUGUGAAACUCUGCUGUGUCUUGGCUCUUGGAAAAAUUUCUUCUCAUACACCAGAUAUGGAUGCAGUUCUGAAAUUAGUGGAAGAGGAGUUUCUAAGAUCACAUAAGAUCACGGGCCCUCCUUUUUCAUUGAAAUCUUUACUGGAAGAUGUUUGUAAGAGAUAUUGUGAAUUAGCUAAUGAUAGUACAAAUCAAUCAUUAGUUAGAUCAACAUCUCCUGUACAAGACAUAAAGGACACUAUAAACCAUCAAGUUGAUGAUGAGAAGGAGCCAGAUAUUGAUACCACACAGGUAUUCCAAAAUGGUAGGAAGCGGCCAGCCCAGCUUUAUGUUGAUGAUAUUACGAAGGGUGAAGAGAAUGUGAAGAUCUCAUUAAUUGAUGAGCGUGGCAAUAGGGAACUUCCUAAAUUUUUUUACAUACCAAGAAAUAUUAUUUACCAAAAAGCAAUAGUCAAUAUCUCAUUGGCUCGGAUUUCAGAUGAGGAUUGUUGUCCUGCCUGUUCAGGGGAUUGUCUCUCUUCACCAGUACCUUGUGCAUGUGCACGAGUAACUAAUGGUGAGUUUGCCUACACAGAGGACGGGCUUCUUAAUCCAGAGUUCUUAAAAGCUUGCUUUUCUGAGAAUAAGUACGUCUAUUGCCAAGAUUGCCCAAUAGAGAGGGCUAAGAAUGAGAGCAAGCCUGAAAAAUGCAAGGGUCAUUCUGUGAAGAAAUUUAUUAAAGAAUGUUGGAGUAAAUGUGGUUGCAGUACGCAAUGUGGUAAUCGAGUAGUGCAACGAGGGAUCACUCGCAACUUGCAGGUUUUUUGGACAUCUGAUGCGAAAGGAUGGGGCCUGCGGACCCUGGAAGACUUACCUAAGGGUGCAUUUGUAUGUGAGUAUGUUGGUGAGGUUGUAACAAAUACAGAAUUGGAUGAGAGGAAUAAACAAAGUAGAGCAAAUGAGAGGCAUACAUAUCCAGUUCACCUUGAUGCAGACUGGGGUUCUGAAAGUAUUUUGGAUGACGAUUUUGCACUCUGUUUGGAUGCUACAAAUUAUGGGAACAUUGGUCGAUUUGUAAACCACAGAUGCCAUGAUGCCAACUUGUUUGAGAUUCCAGUUGAAGUGGAGACUGCAGAUCAUCAUUAUUAUCAUCUUGCUUUUUUCACCACACGAGAGGUGAAAGCGUAUGAAGAGCUAACCUGGGUAAGUUCGUUUGGCAUGGUGAUUUCCAAAAUAUUGUUUAGGGCCUGUAUAAGUGAACUGAUAUUUUUACAACAUUUGAACUGUCCUAUAGGGUGACUUCUUAUUCUUUUGAUGGUCAGUUUUGUUUAGUCUUGAGGGGUAAUUUUUGAAAUUAUUGAGGGUGACUUGUAUAUUGUCGAGAAGUAGUUUAUGAUAUUGUUGAAGGGUUACUUGAUGCGCCUC